AUGGACCCCCAAAUCGAUGUCGGCAAGCUCAACGACGCGGAUAAAAGAGAAGUCCAACAGUUCGUCGCGAUCGAGGCGCAGAAGGCAGCUUUCCAGUCAAGCGUCCACCAACUCACCGACAUGUGCUGGAAGAAAUGUAUCACGGGCAAAAUAUCCGGAGGAAACCUGGACCGUAACGAAGCAUCAUGCGCACAGAACUGCGUUGACCGAUGGAUGGACGCAAGUACCGCCGUGUUCAAGCAUCUAGACAAACUGAGAGGGAACUAG